CUCCUUUCAAAGACUGAAUUUCACAGUUCUGUGUUGGUGUGGUUUGAACUGGCUAAAAAUGCCGUCCGCAGCUGAUUUCCACCUCGAAGGACAAAGGAGGUAAAAGUCGUGUCUAGAGAUGAAAAGAGCACUGUGCGCGAUGGACAGUGACAGGGUGCCUCCAGCGAUGACCCUCGGCAGUCCCUGAACGAUGCAGCCGGUCUUCAGUGAACGCCCAUUAGGUGCCAGGCACCCCGCCACGCAGGAAGGACCCAGACGUAAAACACAAUCCAGUGGCCCGAGAGGAUUCUAAUAACUCAGUGUCAAAGCCAAGAUACAGACUCAACUGCUUCUCUUCUGAAAGCUCCUCCUCACAACAUGGAAGCCAUCGCCAAGUUUGAUUUCACCGCCUCGGGCGAGGAUGAGCUGAGCUUUCACGCUGGAGAUACUCUUAAGAUCUUAAGUAACCAAGAGGAGUGGUUCAAGGCAGAGCUUGGGAGCCAAGAAGGAUACGUGCCCAAGAAUUUUAUAGACAUCCAGUUUCCUGAAUGGUUUCACGAAGGCCUCUCGCGACACCAGGCAGAGAACUUGCUCAUGUCCAAGGAGGUUGGUUUCUUCAUCAUCCGGGCCAGCCAGAGCUCCCCCGGGGACUUCUCCAUAUCCGUCAGGCACGAGGAUGAUGUUCAGCACUUCAAGGUCAUGAGGGACAACAAGGGUAACUACUUCCUAUGGACAGAGAAGUUUCCGUCCCUCAACAAGCUGGUGGACUUCUACAGGACAACGUCUAUCUCCAAACAGAAGCAGAUCUUCCUGAGGGAUAGGACGCGAGAGGACCAGGGUCGCCGGGGCAACAGCCUGGACCGAUGGCCCCAGGGAGGCCCACAUAUCAGUGGGGCUGUGGGAGAAGAAAGCCGGCCUGCGAUGAACCGGAAGCUGUCGGAUCACCCACCACCCCCUCCAUCACAGUAUCCCCCGGCCCCACCGCUGGGGCAGCAGCGGUACCUGCAGCAUCACCACUUUCAUCAGGAACGCCGUGGAGGCAGCCUUGACAUAAACGACGGACACUGUGGCCUGAGCAUGGGCAGCGAAAUGAAUACCACCCUCAUGCACCGGAGACACACCGACCCAGUGCAGCUGCAGGUGGCCGGGCGAGUGCGGUGGGCCCGGGCGCUGUAUGACUUCGAGGCCCUGGAGGAUGACGAGCUGGGAUUCCGCUCCGGAGAGGUGGUCGAGGUCCUGGACAGCUCCAACCCGUCCUGGUGGACGGGCCGCCUGCACAACAAGCUGGGCCUCUUCCCUGCCAACUACGUGGCGCCCAUGAUCCGGUGAAGCCCUUCUCUGGGCCGGAGGCUUGUGUCUGAGCUGCCUGCAAGAGGAAGCAAGGAGGAAAGGCUGGAACUGCAUGUGUGUGUGUGUGUGUGUGUGUGUGUGUGCACACAUGCACACACAUAAA